AUGUCGGACCACCACCACUGCUAUGGACCACCACCGACCACCGCCUGUCGGACCUCCACCAUCUACCAUACCACCUCAGCCUGUCGGAUCACCCUAUUCACCGGAGAUCCCCCUUUUCUUCGGACCAUCCAAACCAACACCAUCGACCUAGACCUGACCACCAAUCCUACAUCUAAACUUCGCCGGAAAAAUAUAAACAACCACCACCACCAACCGGUACGUCGAUCUGAAAACCAUCGAAGAACCACAACCGACGCCACCCUUCUUUCGUUCAUCGUACCACCACCAGAAACCCUAACCACUUACAGCGCCGUCAGAGUUCUUGACGUAGAUCUGAACUCCAACGACAAAGGUGGUGGAGACGGCAUUGAGCUGUGGUAG